CGCUUUGCGGCAAGGGCGGGCUUGUGGGCGGGCAGGCCUGAUGCAAUCUCCCUGCCGGGAAGCGCAAUCCCCUUCUUGAAAAGGAAAGGGAAAGAGGCGGCCGCCACCUGUCUGGUUCGAGGGGCGCGCGGCGCUUUACGCAGGAGCAGCGAUGUCUUUGGAGAUCCUCAAGCAGACGGGCGCGCUGGCCCUGGGAGAGGUCUAUGUCUCUGAUCGAGAGGGAAGUGACGUUACUGGAGAUGGGUCGCAGGAGAAGCCUUACAAAACUGCUCUGAAGGCUUUGCUGUCUGCUGGAAAGGAGCCGUUUCCUACGAUCUACGUGGACUCACAAAAAAAAGACGAGAGAUGGGAUACCAUUUCCAAGACCCAGUUGAAGAAUGUCAAAAAGCUGUGGCACAGGGAACAACAAAAAGCUGAAGCUAGAGAAAAGAAAGAGGAAGAAGAUCUCUUGCGCCGUGAAAAGAACUUGGAGGAAGCAAAGAAGAUAAUCAUUAAGAAUGACCCCAGUCUCCCAGAGCCCAAAUGUGUGAAAAUCCGUCACUUAGAGACCCACAGAGGAGAGAGAGUCAAGGUCUUUGGCUGGGUCCACAGGCUGCGUAGACAAGGGAAGAACUUGAUGUUUAUUGUAUUAAGAGACGGCACUGGAUUCCUUCAAUGCGUCUUGUCAGAUGAACUGUGCCAGUGUUACAAUGGAGUUGUCCUCUCAACCGAGAGCACUAUUGCUAUCUAUGGAACUCUCAACCUUCUUCCAGAAGGCAAACAGGCUCCAGGAGGCCAUGAGCUGUGUUGCGACUACUGGGAGCUCAUUGGCCUGGCUCCCGCUGGUGGGGCUGAUAACCUUGUCAAUGAAGAGUCAGAUGUGGACGUGCAGCUGAACAACCGGCACAUGAUGAUUCGAGGAGAGAACAUGAGCAGGAUCUUCAAAGUGCGCUCCGUGGUUGUCCAGUGCUUCAGGGAUCACUUCUUUGACCGAGGGUAUUAUGAAGUCACCCCUCCAACGCUGGUCCAAACUCAGGUUGAAGGAGGCUCCACUCUGUUCAAGAUGGACUAUUUUGGCGAAGAAGCCUUUUUGACACAGUCCUCCCAGCUGUAUCUGGAAACUUGCAUCCCUGCCCUGGGAGACACUUUCUGCAUUGCCCAGUCCUACCGAGCUGAGCAGUCUCGGACCCGCAGGCAUCUGGCUGAAUACACACACAUUGAAGCAGAAUGCCCUUUCAUGACCUUUGAAGACCUGCUGAACCGUCUCGAGGACCUUGUCUGUGAUGUAGUGGACAGAGUCCUGAAAUCCCCAGCGGCUGACAUGCUUUAUGCCCUCAACCCAAACUUUGAGCCCCCGAAGCGCCCCUUCAAACGGAUGAACUACACAGAUGCCCUUGUAUGGCUGAAGGAAAAUAAUGUGAAGAAGGAAGACGGCACAUACUACGAAUUUGGAGAGGAUAUUCCAGAGGCCCCCGAGAGACAGAUGACGGACGCCAUUAAUGAGCCAAUCUUGCUGUGUCGAUUUCCUGCUGAGAUAAAGUCUUUCUACAUGCAGCGCUGCCCUGAGGAUCCCCGCCUUACUGAAUCUGUUGAUGUGUUGAUGCCUAACGUCGGCGAGAUCGUUGGAGGCUCAAUGCGUAUUUGGGACAGCGAUGAGCUGCUGGAAGGCUACAAGAGAGAAGGGAUUGACCCCACGCCUUAUUAUUGGUACACCGACCAGCGUAAAUACGGCACGUGCCCUCACGGUGGCUAUGGCCUGGGCUUGGAAAGAUUCCUCACCUGGAUCCUGAACAGGCACCAUAUCCGGGAUGUGUGUCUGUACCCACGCUUUGUCCAGCGCUGCAAACCUUAACCAAUGUUGCUCUUGUGGCCGAAGUCCAGCAGUCUUUAAGCAAAACCCUCCUCCCUCCACAGAGCACAUCUCAUCAUCCUUAUAAAGCCAUCCUGAUAGGAAAUCCAAGAAAUCAACUUCUUUUCCUUUUUCUACCUCCCAGCCUUUUCCAAAUGAGAAUCUGGAAAUUUGAAUUGCAGUCCACCGAUUUCAGAAAACCCUUCUCUCUCCCCCUUGCCCAGAUUUUCUCCCCUCAUCAAUCCUGUUGAUAUAUUUUAACUUAUUGAUUGCUAGGAUAAACAAGCAGUGUGCAGUACUUAAGAACUGCACUUCCGUAGCAGCACAGAGCCUAUAAAAUAAUGGGGUCGUUUGGUAUAAAGGAGCCAGAAGCAGGGUUUUGAAAAGGGGAUAUUUGAUUUUUCUCCCCAAAACAAAAUUCAUUAGUAAGUGUACAAUGUAACAUAAUAUAAUAUAUAUAAUACAAUAAUCUGGGAUAGUGUACUGCUACCCUGAGGGACAAACUAAGCCCCCCAGCUAUUUUGGCCGUGGUCAGUGGCAUCCAGUUUAAACGUUUUCCCAAUCCCAACAUCAGAGUUUGUAAGAAAAUCAUGCCAUCUCCAUUCUUCAGGUAAACAGCUGAAAUGUAGAGAUGAUACUGUUCUCCCCAACAAAACACUCAGCUUGGCAGAGUGACUAGAAUGAUAAAAGCAUUACAGUGUAAAGAACUGAGAGGAGAACUAAACUCUAGAUACCUUUUACCUCCUUCCUUAAAAAUUUUCAGCCUGAAUUCUUAGAAGUGGUGGCUGGGCAGAAGGCAGGCCCUUUAACUCUGCCUUGAAAAAUGUCUUCAUUAACAAAAUGCUGCCCUAAAGUUACUACAGCUCUAAGCCAUAGCAACCUACUAUUCCCUAAUGGGUGAGAUUAGGGUGGAGAAUAUGAUGGUCUUUUUUCUUUUAGCCUUUCAUGUGAAAAUCCUGUGUACCUCUUGUGUGGUAGGAUAUUCCCUGCUUUGGACAACAGUGAAAAAUCAACCCUAAGCAAUUGUACCCAUAAGGAUCCCUUCCUGCCACUGUAUUUUCAUUAUAUCUGCAUUUUGAACAUGGCACUAAUUGAUGACUUCACUUGCCCAAGUAAGGAUGGCUGCUGUCCAGACUCCCAGUUCCAUCAAAACGUUUUCAGCAAAUGUUCUCUUGGCAGAAGCCUCCUGUGUUUCACACUCGGUUAAGUUGCUUUUCAACAUGCCUUGUGUUACGUAGUUCAGAAAGAUGGUCUGAUACAGCUUGCAUUCCAAGAACCCCAGGAACUGAAGUUUUGAGAAGGUCCUUUGAUCCUUCUCGGUUUCUUGCUUAUCCUACCCACUGAAUGUCUUGGGUUUCUUAGGAAAGAGGGGCCAACUGAAAAUUAGAGGAGCUUUCAGGUGAUGAAGCUGACUGACGUCUUUGUUCCUCCUCUUUCCAGCAAGUGUUAUGAAAAUGGUUUUUAGUUAUCAGACUAAUUUAACUGGAGCAAAGUACGGUGUGUGUGUGUGUGUUCUGGGUUGUUGCUGUAGGACCUUGCCUGGUCAGAUUUCUCUUAUUCUUCUCACUGUUACAUUUCUGUGAUGAUUGUGCAUGCCUUGUUUUCAAAGCUGGUUGGAUCUCGCAAUCAAUAAAUUCAUAGCACUGGA